AGACCUACAGCUUAGCAGCUCAUGGCCGCUAGUAGUAUCCUAUACUUCAAGCGAUUAUUUCGACAUCCCCUACGCUCUUAAUACGACACAUUAACCGCCAUCGCCGAAAAUUUCUAAUAGUACAACUACAAACAUCGUCUGAUAUACGUCACAUAACCGUCCAAUACCAUCGUAACUGACAUAUUGCGAUAUCUUCAAAGUUCCCUUACACACCAAUCGCCGACCAAUAUCUCGCGCGGCAUGUAUGGUCCCAAUCAUCAGCAGGGGCACAAUACACGCCUUAAUGGCGUCCCUGGUGGCCGCGGCAUGGCUCCUCAGAUGAUGUAUAAUUUCGUCCAACAGCAAAGCGCUCAUCAGCACCAUACGCACCCUCAACCGCACCACCAGAAUUUGCCCCAAGAUCAUGGAGCUCACAGUGGCGCGACGGGAACCAUAACCCACUCAACAUUCUCUUCCGGACUUAUGUCUAAUGUUACCCCAUUUACCCCCAGUAACCACCAAAAUGGAAACGCACCAGGUUCUCGGGGCGGUCAGGCUCAAUAUAGCGAACACUGGAACGAGCAGUUGAAGUCAUUCAAGGAGUCUGAGCAAGCCCACCAGACUAUGACAGAGCAGCACCAACCCCAUUAUUUUGCUAGGCUCCGAGCUAGCGAAAACAGGGGUAUCAUUCCCGCCCCAAGUGCGAAUGCUGCCGAAACAGCAGUCGAUGGUGAACUUGAAGAUAGGGGCCGACCCGUUAACGUCGAUAAGGCCCUCGAUCGACAGGAUUGGCUGAACCUUGAUUUCAGUGGCCAAGGUCUAAAGAAUAUCUCAUUGAUGCUUUUUGACCAUUAUGCAUUCGUUACAGAGCUAUAUCUUGCUUCUAACAACCUUACGCGGUUACCCCGGGAAAUUGGCCAGCUCCGGUCACUACGUCUUCUUGACGUUUCACAUAAUCAAUUGACCACGUUGCCCCCUGAGCUGGGCAUGUGUACACCUCUACGGAGACUCCUUUUGUACAACAAUCUGAUCCAAACCAUACCUUGCGAGCUAGGGGCUCUGCACUUCUUGGAACUGCUUGGUAUCCAAGGAAACCCCCUGGAGCAUGAUCAGAAGCAGAAGUUAGUAGAAGAGGGCACGAAGGCCUUGAUCGCCCACCUAAAGGAACAGGCACCAGUUCCUAUUCCUCCGAACCCCCGUAUGCCUAUCAUCGUACAAGAAGACGUUGGGUCGGAGAAGGAACGCAUUCGGGUAAUGUCUUGGAAUACUUUGUGCGACAAGUACGCAACCAGCACACAGUAUGGUUACACUCCCGCCAGUGCUCUCUCCUGGGAGUAUCGCAAGGACAGUAUAAUGCGAGAGUUCCGAGACCGAAGUGCAGACAUUCUCUGCCUGCAAGAGACCGCGAUGGAUGCAUUUGAUAAUUUCUUUUCGCCAGAACUAGCAAAGCUUGGCUACAAAGGCGUCUUCUAUCCCAAGACCCGAGUCAAGCAUUUGACUGGGAAAGACCAACAGUCUGUAGACGGCUGCUCUAUAUUUUACAAAAGCGAUAAGUACAUCAUGUUGGACAAACAACUGGUGGACUUUAGGCAAACGGCCAUCAACCGACCCGACAUGAAGUCGGCCGACGACGUGUUCAAUCGAGUCAUGCCGAAGGACACUAUCGCUGUCUUCUGCUUUUUCGAGUCAAGGUACACCGGCAAUCGGUUCAUAGUUGUCAACGCGCAUCUAUGUUGGGAAUCGUUCCUAGCAGAUGUGAAAGCCGUCCAGACGGGAAUUCUGAUGGAACUGGUUACGAAGCAGUCCGAGAGGUACACGCGCAGGCCGGCGUUGUCAAUCGAAGAGAAACGUAUCAAAUCUCCGCCACCUUCCGCUGACGGAAAUUCGGACGACGAUGACGAAUCGCCUCGAGAGCCUGCGCCCUCUCAGGAGUACCGCAAUAACACAGAUAUUCCCAUCUUAGUCUGUGGUGAUUACAACUCUAUGGCCGAUAGUUCCGUGUACGAGCUACUCGAGAAGGGGCGGAUAGCACCCGACCACCCUGAUCUAGUGGGUCACUCAUACGGAAAUUUCACAAGAGACGGCAUUGAGCAUCCUUUCAGCCUUCGUAACGCGUACGCUCACCUCUUCGGUACCCCGGACGAAUUAACCUUCACCAACUACACACCGACGUUUUCUGGCGUUAUAGAUUACAUUUGGUAUACUACCAAUACUCUAGACGUGGUCGAGCUGCUAGGCCCGCCCGACUACGAGUAUCUCAAACGGGUACCGGGUUUUCCGAACUACCAUUUCCCGGCAGACCAUAUUCAGAUUAUGGGUGACUUCGUCUUCAAGUCGCGGAAGGAUAAGAAAACUACACCCGACCAAGACAAGGCUGGUAGUUCGAGAAACCAAUCUCGAGACUUGAACUGACGGACAACCUGACAUUUCGCCAACGUGACCCCUUGUCUUGGGGUCCGUGAGUGUCAAGAGUCCUACAAGUCGAUGCUAGUUAUGAUAAGGAUGCCUUGCGAUAAGGCCACGCGUAUAUGGAUGGUAUGAGAUGAAAUUCAGCACAUUUUUCCCACACUCUUAAGGAUGGGUUUUGGGGCCAAUGGUUGGACAUCUCGGAAGGAGGGAGGGGGUGAUGAAAUGGAAUGAGGAUGGUACCUUUUUUC